CCAUCAAAUCAUUUUUUUAUAUUGUUUGAGAAACAAAUAAUGAACUGCAAUUAAGCCAUUUCAGUUGCCAGUUAUUGCGGCCGUUGUCAGUCAUAUGCGGUGUGGAAAUAGAUAAGGCGUAUCUCUGUCGCUGUGGCUGGUGGAGAUAUUCGGUUUGACCGAUGCCAUUAGAUGCUGAGUUUUCUGAGGUGCUUCAGCUGUGUCCUAUAUUGUACGGACUGAGAUGACCCAGAUCCGCGUGCACAGCGACUGCCCAUAAACCAAUUAACUGUCUCUAUUCUGUUUCUUAUCUUCUCUCCCAUGUCCCUUUUCUUCCUCUCGCUCCUUAAAGGAAAAUCCACUCAGAAAUGGUCGUUAAGCAUCAUACGAUGCAUUUUGCAUCAUUUUUUAUUUCUUUUUUUAUUUCACCUUUAUUUAACCAGGUAGGCAAGUUGAGAACAAGUUGUAAUUUACAACUGCGACCUGGCCAAGAUAAAGCAAAGCAGUUCGACACACAACAACACAGAGUUACACAUGGAGUAAAACAAACAUACAGUCAAUAAUACAGUAGAAAAAUAAGUCUAUAUACAAUGUGAGCAAAUGAGGUGCGAUAACGGAGGUAAUGGCAAAAAAGGCCAUAGUGGCAAAGUAAAUACAAUAUAGCAAGUAAAACACUGGAUUGGUAGAUUUGUAGUGGAAGAAAGUGCAAAGUAGAAAUAGAAAGAAUGGGGUGCAAAGAGGAUGUGGCAAGUGACAAUUUGAUUUUCGAAAGUCCUAUAUCUUGAAAAUGUGAUUUCUGACAUGCAAAACACUUUGGGAAUUUAUCAACAGUGAACUAAUGAAAAAAAAUAUAUAUAUUGUAAUGAAACAGGCAGGGAGCAGGUCUCGACCCCUCGACCUUCUAGCCCGAAGUCCAGCGCGCUAUCGACUGUGCCGCAAAAGCAUGCUCGUGCGGCAGAGUAGAUAUCAGCGCUUAUAAACCCAGGCUCGUUACAAUAUGUUGGGUUGGAUUUGUCCUUCAACGCACCUCUCUCUCUCUUUCUCUUUAUUUCCCUCCCUCGCGCAAUUCCCCGGUUGUAUUGGGGUGGAUGACGCGGCACCCAUACCUGUGCUGUGGGCUUCUUGCGCCGGCUGGGCGUGCAGCCUGGGGAAGGAAGGGUGAUGGGGAUGCUGCUGCCAUGGUAACAAGCCGAUUAGAUUCAGACCUUUGUGUAUAUUUAUUUAUUUAAUAUUUCAGUUGCGUGCGUGCGUGCCUGAGAGGUGACGGGCGUUUUGGAAGUUAAAAUGCAAUCGGAAUCAGAAUAUUAAGACUGGUGUCGCGUUCCUUUUGAGUUAUGAUUGGCCAUAGAAUUGCCUAAUAUUUGGCUAUACCUUCUCAAGCUCAACAAGUUAUUCCGGUUGGAACAGGACUUCAUGGAUCUAAUUCAUUCAAGCGCACUUAAUUUCCUUGCAUGGUUUUAUUCAUCAAGAUUCGUUAAAAACAUGUACAUGAAACGAAGGUUUUAUUAAUCGUAAAUGAAUAGGAUGGGCUACAAAGAUGUCGCUGUAACGGUCCAAGGAUGUCAUUGGGAGUGACUGGAGAAGUGGAAGAGGAGGGGAAACGCGUCUGAAAUAGCAGAACAUUUAUCCGGGCGGGUUUGGAGACGUCACAUAUUCUGCACUUGCCCAGUUUGUCUGUUCUGUUUGUGUGUUUCCGAACUGAAUUCCGAAAAUAACCCUAAUGGUGACGCUAACAGCUUGUCUUGUUUUACGUGCCCGGACAAAGGGAAUAUUAUCGGGUGUUAGGCGAAUGUGGACUAAAUUGGGGGUACGACCACUUGCAUAUGUACUCUUGCUUAUUUUCGUGUCUUUGUGUGUGUAUCUCUGUCUGUGUUUGAAAGCGUGUUUCAGUAUAAAUCAGUGCGCGGGUGAGUCAGACUGUGUGCGGGUGAGUCUGUCUGUGUGUGUCUCGUGACCGUUUGUGUCCGUUAAAACAAACCGAUCCGUGCUGAUGAGGCUCACUUGUACUUGUCAUUCAUAGGUAGCCAACCAUCCAAAACUACCACCUCCCAUCCACUGUCAAGAUGAACUCUUACAGAAUACUACCAUGUGUCGAUGAGAGCAAGAGGGAGACAUAUCCUUGACAACCAGAGAGGGGGGGUCAAAGAGCGACCUGCGUCAUUAUCCCUGAGAGAGACCAGGAAUUAGGUGCCAAUAUGCCUGGUGUCGAAAUGCUGAGGGCAGCAGUAGAAAGGAGAAGGUGGGCCUCAGGCCAGGAGAAGAAGGGAGGAUGGAGAGAUCUCGAUGAAGAAAAGCAAGCUGGGGAAAGGAGGAGAUAAGAGAAAGCACUGCCAUCAUAUUUUUGGAGAGACAAAUCCAUUGUCGUUUUUAAGUGGCAAACUCCCAGAGGUGGGGUUAGGAUGCACAGAUCAGUGGAGAGGAGACAGAUCACUACAAGCCAUUGGAGAUGAUAAAAAUUUGAGGUCAACUAUUUAAUCACCACCUUUCUCUUUCCCCAGACAGUCUUAGGUAGUAGCAUUUUAUUAGGCUCCUAGUUGAACAUUGACAGGACAUCUUGUCCCGUUUUGACAAUCUGUUUCCAGAGUGAGAGUGACCGGUUAUAUUGAUCUCCCUUUGCCACCCUUCUCCCUGGUUAGGGGAUGGAUGGGGUGGCGGUAGGUGUUGGGCCCCCUGGCGGGGGUGAGGGUCGGCCGGGUCGUAGUGGAGGAGACUCUAAGAGGCGCAGUAAGGGCAGCCUGCCCUCCCCAGGGUACCGCCUCUCCCAGGCAUCUCUGGAGGGGGACAGGCCAGGUGUCGAGGGGUCCGGUUCCGGAGGGGGGCGACGGCGCCUCUCCAUCUUGAGUGCCACCAGAGACGGCCUCCCCUUCCGUUCAGCUGGCACCCCGACCACCCCUGUCCCCCUGCCCCCUCCUCCAGCCCCCUUCUCCUCCGCCCAGCAGCGUUCUGUUGGCUUUUCCUCGUCACGCGCCGCCCUUGCCUCCACUUCCUCCUCCACCGGCACCGGAGUGGUCGUCGUAGCGUUGGGCCCGGAAACCACGACAACCACGGCUUGUAACACCGUGGCGGGCACGCCGGAGAUGGGGAGUCUGUCUGGGACAGGGGGCAUGGGGGGAUUUGGGAUGGGUCUGGACGGGGAAGACUACAGCUACUCCAACCAGUCCACCUUCAUCCAGAGACAGUUUGGAGCCAUGCUGCAGCCGGGGGUCAACAAGUUCAGCCUGCGCAUGUUUGGGUCCCACAAGGCCGUGGCCAUGGAGCAGGAGAGACUCAAAUCAGCAGGAGAGUGGAUCAUACACCCCUACAGCGACUUCAGGUUCUACUGGGAUCUGAUCAUGUUAUGUUUGAUGAUGGGGAACCUGAUCAUUCUGCCAGUAGGAAUCACCUUCUUUAAGGAUGAGAACACUCCUCCCUGGAUCAUCUUCAACGUGGUCUCUGAUACUCUCUUCCUGGUUGACCUGGUCCUCAACUUCAGGACCGGUAUCGUCAAGGAGGACAGCACUGAGAUACUGCUAGACCCCAAGGCUAUCCGUCAGCGCUACCUAAAGAGCUGGUUUGCGGUGGACUUUGUGUCGUCCAUCCCUGUGGACUACAUCUUCCUGAUGGUGGACUUGGAGGCCCGGCUGGACUCAGAGGUUUACAGGACGGCCAGGGCCCUCCGCAUCGUACGCUUCACCAAGAUCCUCAGCCUGCUACGCCUGCUGCGCCUGUCACGACUCAUACGAUACAUCCACCAGUGGGAGGAGAUCUUCCAUAUGACCUAUGACCUGGCCAGUGCCAUGGUGAGGAUAGUCAACCUGAUAGGCAUGAUGCUGCUGCUGUGCCACUGGGACGGAUGUCUACAGUUCCUGGUUCCCAUGCUGCAGGACUUCCCCCUGGACUGCUGGGUCUCCAAGAAUAACAUGGUGAAUGAUACGUGGGGGAUCCAGUACUCCUAUGCUCUGUUCAAGGCGAUGAGCCACAUGCUGUGUAUUGGCUACGGUGCCCAGGCUCCAGAGGGCAUGACGGACGUGUGGCUCACCAUGCUCAGUAUGAUCAUUGGUGCCACCUGCUAUGCCAUGUUCAUCGGCCAUGCCACCGCCCUCAUACAGUCCCUGGACUCCUCACGACGACAGUACCAGGAGAAAUAUAAGCAGGUGGAGCAGUACAUGUCGUUCCAUAAGCUCCCUGCAGAUGUCCGUCAGAGGAUUCAUGAGUACUACGAACAUCGCUUCCAGGGCAAGAUGUUUGACGAGGAGAACAUACUGGGCGAACUCAGCGAACCACUAAAGGAGGCGAUAGUUAGCUUUAACUGCCGUAGCCUGGUGGCUCACAUGCCGCUGUUUGCUAACGCGGACCCUAACUUUGUGACGGCAGUGCUGACCAAGCUUCGCUUCGAGGUGUUCCAGCCCAAUGACUUGAUCAUCCGGGAGGGCACGGUGGGACGCAAGAUGUACUUCAUUCAACACGGACGAGUCGGCAUACUCACCCGCGGAAACAAGGAGACCAAACUCAGUGACGGGUCCUACUUUGGGGAGAUCUGUCUGUUGACUCGGGGCCGGAGGACAGCGAGCGUCAGAGCGGAUACGUACUGUCGUCUCUACUCCCUCAGCGUGGACAGCUUCAACGAGGUCCUGGAGGAACACCCCAUGAUGAGGCGGGCCUUCGAGACGGUGGCCGCCGACCGGUUGGACCGCAUCGGUAGGAAGAACUCUAUCCUGAUGAGGAAGCCGUCCCAGGCGGGUUCCAUGGCGGGGGGCAGCGGUUUGGGGCGUGGGGGUCGAGGAGGAGGGGGGGCGGGGCUAGGCAUGGGGGGGCUGGGCUCCUGUGACAGCAUGCUGGUUCAGCAGAUCGUUAAACACGACAGCAUGCCAGCCAUGCAGGAGGCCAUCGCUGCUGCCGCUGCAGGAAGGGGAGGGGCCACGGGAGGAAGUGGUACGGUCUCCCCUAUGCCCCACCCACUGAUCUGGGCUCCAUUGAUCCACGCUCCGCUCCAGACGGCGGCCGCUACGACUAACGUGGCCAUCGCCCUCAUGCACCAGCAGCAGCAGCAGCUUCAACAUCAGCUACAGCAGCAGCAUGUGCUAGGGGGCGCUAUAUUCCUCCCCUCCAUCUCUCCAUCGCCCUCCGUCUCCUUCCCCCUCUCCCCCCCGCGGCCCCCUGCCCUGCAGCCCCUGCGCCCCUCUGUGAGUUCCCUCAUUGGGAUGAUGGGGGUAGGAGGGAUGGGGGGGCUGUCCCCUAGAGGGGGGUUUCCUGCCUUCCCCUCCCCCUCGCCCUUCCCCAUGGCCCCCCCGGGAGGUGUGAUAUCACCCCCUGUUGCUCAAUCCCCACCCACACCGGCCUCCUCUGUCUCCACGUCGGUCCAAUUAGGAAAGACCCUGCAUUACAGUCUCCGCCUCCACCCAGAACACUCUUCAGUGAUGGGUGGAACCCCAGGAAUCCCCAAGGUAGGAGGGGCCACCACACCACAUCUGUUCUACCACCUGAAUCCAACUGCAGCCACCAGUGUCAUGUCAGACACUUGCAGUUCCAUGGCUGGCCAGCAUGGGGCCAAGGAGGCGCUAUUGCGUCACGGAGGAGGCAGCAACCAGGGCCUGCCUGCACUGGGGAGGCUCACCCAGGAGGCCAGGCUCCUCUCCGCCUCGCAGCCCACCCUGCCUCAUCGAUCCUGGGCAAGCAUGCAGCCUCACCCCCCUCUCCAGCGGAAGGCCUCUGGAGGUAACCUGCUGCCAGCCUCGUUCCUGGCUGGGACUCAGCUAGCCAGGGGUGGCAGUGUGGGGGUGUUGACUACUCCCCUACCAGUACAAGUCCCAGCACAACGGUUACACAUGCCCCCCUUCAAUGCACAGAUACAAGCACAGAACCUGGGCUCUAUACAGCCCCUCCCUGAUCCUGUCUCUACACACUGCCCUGCACACACACACACAGCCACACACACACAUCCCAUCGCUGUACCUGCAGCCACACCCAUAUCAGCUUCUCCCCUGGCCUCCUACACUUCCUCCCCCAAACAAACCCCCCUCUCCUCUGCCACCCCCUCCCCUGCUCCCACUCCUUUCUCCCUCAUCCCAGCCCUGCCACUGACCCCUCGCCCCAAACCCACCCCUACACCCCCAUCUCGCUCCUCCUCUCCUCCCCCCUGCUCCAUCCCUCCCUCUGCCGGAACUACUCCCCUCACCUCAACCCCUUGGUCCAAACCCAUCCCUACACCUCCCCCUCGCUCUUCUUCCCCCUCUCCCUCCUCCACUCCCCCUCCCUCCUCUGUAACCACCUCUUUCCCCCUCACCUCAACCCCUUGGUCCAAACCCAUCCCUACACCUCCCCUCGCUCUUCUUCCCCCUCUCCCUCCUCCACUCCCCCUCCCUCCUCUGUAA